GAACCAGCUAGGCGGGGUGUUUGUGAAUGGCAGACCCCUACCUGACGUAGUGAGGCAAAGAAUCGUAGAGCUUGCACAUCAAGGAGUGAGGCCCUGUGACAUCUCUAGGCAACUACGGGUCAGUCAUGGCUGCGUCAGCAAAAUUCUGGGCAGAUACUACGAGACCGGCAGUAUAAAACCAGGAGUUAUUGGGGGAUCCAAACCAAAAGUCGCAACUCCAAAGGUUGUGGAUAAAAUAGCGGACUACAAGAGGCAGAAUCCCACCAUGUUCGCUUGGGAGAUUAGAGACAGACUUUUAGCAGAGGGUGUUUGCGACAAUGACAGUGUUCCAAGCGUUUCAUCAAUUAACAGGAUCAUCAGAACUAAAGUCCAACAGCCCUUCCAUCCAUCUCCAGAUGGAACAUCUCUGUCGACACCAGGCCACACCAUAGUACCAAGUACAGCAUCCCCGCCUGUAACCAGCGCUUCCAACGACCCUGUUGGGUCAUACUCCAUCAACGGCAUUCUGGGUAUUCCCAGAUCGAAUGGUGAAAAGAGGAAACGAGAUGAAGAUGGUUCAGAUGGUUCAGGCCCAAACAGUGAUUCUCAGGGUAGUGUGGACAGUUUACGGAAACACCUGAGGGCCGAUGCCUUCACUCAGCAGCAGCUGGAAGCUCUGGACCGGGUAUUUGAGCGUCCUUCAUACCCCGACGUCUUCCCCACAUCGGAGCACAUCAAACCAGAACAGGCUAAUGAGUAUUCCCUCCCUGCCCUGAACCCUGGCCUGGAUGAAGUAAAGCCCUCCAGUACCAACCCAGACCUGGGCCCCAGCGUUUCACAAAGCUACCCUGUAGAAGCCCUCAUCCAUCCAUCCUCAGCCUGCGUAAAGCCAGAGCCAUAUGAGGCCUCCAAGGCUCCUUUCACCCCCUCCUCCUCCUCCUCCUCCUCCCUGGCAGGCCUGGGCCUGGUGGACUUCCAGCCCUGCCACCCUGCCCUGUCACUAGAGGCCCCAGCCCAUUCAUACAGUGGCCACCAUGGCCCCCUCUACGGCCAGUAUGCAAGCCAGCCUAUUCUAGCAGGUCGGGAUAUGGCCAACACAACCCUCCCUGGGUAUCCCCCUCAUGUCCCUCCGACAGGCCAGGGCAGUUACCCCACAUCAACACUUGCUGGAAUGGUUCCUGGGAGUGAAUUUUCGGGGAACCCCUACAGUCAUCCACAGUACACAACCUACAACGAAGCCUGGCGCUUCAGCAAUCCAGCAUUACUAAUGCCGCAUCCAGAGGCUCCGCCCCCCCCACUGCUGCCACAGCCUAUGACCGCCACUAGUUACCAUGGAAACCAAAUAAACCUACAGGACCAUGGCUUCAGCCUCCAUGUUGCCCCGGUGUGAAGGGCAUGUUCUACGGGAACGAGGGCAGCUCUACAACAUGUCACACACACUCCACACAACAAACAACUAAUCAUUGGACGAUUCCUUACUGUGGAGCUGCAGUCAAACUCCUAUUCUUCAAUCUGAAAGACUGUACAUUAUCAGAGACGCUGAACGACACAAUAUAUACAU